GCCCGCAGACGUUGGAAGCCGCGCAGGAGGACGGACUAGGAGCGCGGGCAGCGGGGCGCAGCGAAGCGAAGCGGACGGGACGGACCGUGCAGCCUAGCCCAGCCCAGCGGAGGAGCCCAGCCAGGCAAGCCCCGAGCUGCUCCAGUUUGUAGCCACUGUGACCAACGCUGCUUUCCUGGGAUUUUCCACAUACAGAGGAGGGCUCCUGAGCACACCAGAGCUUUCACUGCAAGAACAAGGUUGUGAUAGUUUCUGGUUUCUUGGUGGAAGGAAAAAGAGGUGGGCCUCCUCCCAAUGAUGAAAGUGUGAUUGCUAGUGUCUUCAUGAGCUCCAGAGGUCAUAGCACACUACCACGAACUCUGAUGGCCCCUCGAAUGAUUUCCGAGGGAGAGCUUGGAGGCAUUGCCCAGAUCACUUCUUCUCUCUACCUGGGCAGAGGCAGCGUUGCCUCCAACCGCCAUCUCCUCCAGGCCCGUGGGAUCACCUGCAUUGUCAAUGCCACCAUUGAGAUUCCCAAUUUCAACUGGCCUCAGUUCGAAUAUGUCAAAGUGCCUCUGGCCGACAUGCCCCAUGCCCCCAUUGGGCUGUACUUUGACACUGUGGCUGACAAGAUCCACAGUGUGAGCCGCAAGCACGGGGCAACUCUGGUGCACUGUGCAGCUGGUGUGAGCCGUUCUGCUACCCUCUGCCUCGCUUACCUGAUGAAGUACCACAACGUGUGUCUGCUGGAGGCAUACAACUGGGUCAAAGCCCGGAGGCCUGUAAUUAGGCCCAACGUAGGUUUCUGGAGGCAGCUGAUAGACUAUGAACGUCAGCUCUUUGGGAAGUCAACAGUUAAAAUGGUACAGACGCCUUAUGGCAUUGUCCCGGACGUUUAUGAGAAAGAGUCUCGACACCUGAUGCCUUACUGGGGGAUUUAAUACCACCGCAGCCUGCAUCAGCAGCUCCAUUGAGCAGUACCAGCAUCUGCUACACACUGUCUGCUACCCUCUACACCUUUCUUUUCAAAUGAUCGACUUUUGGUUUUCCCUCAAGUGUUUUUUACACUGGGUGUUCAAGUCUAUUUUAAGAGGUGGGGAGGGUGGGGGAAGGGACACAUUGCAUUGCUAGUGACAUUUUUAAAAGUAACCUUUUGAAAUAGUGUUUACAAAAAUCUUUAUCCAGCUUUUAAUCAUUUUUAACAGUUUGAAAGUUAAAUAAUCUAAUGACAUGUUUUGCUCUUCCUCACCCUAAAUUUUAUGCCUUUGACAUUAUUGCAGGUUAUCUGAGCUCAAUUCAAAGUGAUAGUCACUUUGUGCUAGGAUCAAUCCUUCAGACACAAGCUUUUUACUCAAGGUUGCCAACUAUGAAACACCUGCUUAGAAAAAAUUUAUAUAAUGCUUCAGUCCUCAGUGGGUCAACUCUAUUCUUUCUCAUUCACGAUUCACUCAACCUGCAACUUCAAAUAAGUAAACUUUUAUUUAAUUGUAAGUAAAGAUAAUGAAAUUUGCUGCAGAAACCAUCUUGGAAUCACUUUGUGAUCCUGGAUUAUAUUAGUACUUUUAGUAAACUUGUAAUCUUCUUAACCUUCUAUUAGGCAGAUUUUUGUUUUCCUGAUAAUGAUUCCCUUUUAUGUUUCUUGUAAGGGUAAAAGAAAGAAAUGAUAAAAUAUGGUCCUUCUGACAAAAUUAUGAACAUUGCUUAAAAUAGGCUUUCCAGCUGAGUCAUACAUACCCAUUCACACUGUUGCAGAUGGGCAGAUAUUAAUAUCACAGACAAGCAUUGCUGGAACAGUGAGAAUAAUGUGUUUGCUCAAAAAAAAAAAGUUCUUAUUUUUAUUACCCCAUUGUUAAGUGGAGUGCUCUAAAGCACUAGGUCCUCCCCUUCAUUAUAGGUAUCUUAAAAAAGAAAAAGAGUGCCUCUACUUAUAUUAAAAAAAAAAGAUCAUAAACACUUAACAGUAAUGGCUUUUCUUGACUGCAUUUGAUUUAACUGCAGAAAUGUUAUGUAACUUGCUCAGUGACUAAUACCUUGGACAGCACAGCCUUACAGGGGCUUUGUGGAACUUUCAACACCUGUCAUUUUAAAUGAACUAUUACCCAUAAUCCUAGGGAGUAGUUGUAUUGUCAGACUAACUCUAACUGUAAUCUACCUAGUCUCAAGUCUUUCUAGAUUUGAUAUUGCUUCUGGGUAUAAGGUGACAGUGAAAUACAAUGCCAAUAGUUACAACUGUGUUCUCCAGACUUUUUGUUCAUUCACUCUUAUCAAUAAAAUAUUUUUCCCCCUGCCUGA